AUGGGAAAGAAGAAAGCACUUGUCUGCUAUGGUGUGGAUAUUGAUGCCGUAGCUGGCUGGCUCGGCUCUUACGGCGGCGAGGAUAGCACGAGCGACAUCAGUCGAGGUCUUUGGGCUGGGACUAUCGGCACGCGCCGCCUUUUGAAGCUUUUUGAAAAGUACAACAUCAAAGCCUCAUGGUUUAUUCCCGGCCAUACACUGGAGACAUUUCCAGAAGAAUGCGCCAUGGUGCGUGAUGCAGGGCACGAAAUUGGCCUGCACGGCUACAGUCACGAGAAUCCUGUCGAUAUGACUCUGGAGCAGCAGCGCGAUGUCCUCGACAAGACGUGGAAGAUGCUCACCGAGUUCUGCGGCAAGCCACCUAAGGGCAGCGUUGCACCGUGGUGGGAGACCAGCGAAGAAGGUACCGAGCUGCUACUGAGCUACGGCAUCGAGUAUGAUCACUCAAUGUCACACCAUGACUGUCAGGCGUACUGGUUGAGAACCGGGGACACCUGGGCCAAGAUCGAUUACACGCAGAAGGCCGAGGCUUGGAUGAAGCCCCUGGUGAAGGGCAAGGAGACCGGCUUGGUCGAGAUCCCUGGUUCCUGGUACAUUGACGAUCUUCCUCCCAUGAUGUUUAUGAAGAACUCGGCGAACUCGCACGGUUGGGUAAACCCUAGGGACGUUGAAGAUAUCUGGCGGGACCAUUUCGACUACUUUUACAGAGAAUAUGACGAGUUCAUUUUCCCCAUGACAAUACACCCGGAUGUCUCUGGUCGGCCUCAUGUUCUCCUGAUGCAUGAGCGUGUCAUUGAGCACAUCAACAAACACGAAGGUGUCGAGUGGGUGACAAUGGGAGAGAUGAGCGACUACUUCAAGUCCAAGAAUUCGGUACCAGAAGGGGGACUAAUGCCUGCUCGUCAGGAGGAGGUGAUGAAAAAGUACGAGGAGUGGAAAAAGACGCAGUCAUAG